CAGCGUUGUUUGGUUAAUUAUUUAGCUCAAACAGGCGUUGAAACUUAAGAAACCAUGUGUGUUCCGAAUUUAUUUGAAGUGUGUGUUUCAAAAGUAAACUGUGAUAUGGAACAUUAGUUUUCGAUGAUUUUGAGUGACGUACCUCAAACACCUAACUGCGUCUUCAGCCCUAAUUAUCCUUUACAACUGAACUGUGCGGAUUUCUUUGGAGACGCUGGAGGAGGGAUGUAGGGGGUGCGAGGGCGACAUCGUGUCGGAGACGACGGCCAAGUUGCGGAGAGGGCGCAAGUGGCCGGCGCGGCGCCCACAGCUCAGCGCCGCGGCCAUAAUGUCAACGCGCCCAUUUUCAAUCGCUGAGGCCAACUCGAGUUUCGGAUAGCGAACACAUCGUAGAACCGCCGUCUGGAUGGUUUCAUGAUGAGAAAUGGAAUCACCAAUAACAGCAAUAUUGUCAGUGGUGCCGCCAAGCAUCUCGUCGCCGACGACGCCCAGCAGCUCCUUACCGCGCCCAAGUUCUGGCUCCGACCAAGUGAAAACACUCUAAGUCCUCAUUCAUGCCAGUCGGUAGUUGAGUUGAGUCCGAUUGCUGUAAGCGAAAAUGAAGGAGACAAUUCUAGAAAAAACAGCUGUCAAAGUGGCACCGAACCAAAUCAGCCUCUCAGUUUGGACCCACGACAAUUACUGCAUGGUCGUCACGGUCACCACUGGGAGCACAGAUACUUGGGCAAGGAUCAUCGGAGAGCAGGCGCUACGUUCCAAGGAAGGGUCUACAAUUUCCUGGAGCGGCCUACUGGAUGGAAGUGUUUCAUCUACCACUUCUCUGUGUGA